AUGGAUGACCAUACUUUUGGCCUUGCCCUUCAAUACGGCAACCCGAGUCCUGCAACUUAUACUUCAGCUAGCCAGGAGUGGCAUUUUGCCCGACAAUUAAGGCCCUCGCAAAUAAUCUCCUACACAGGGUAUGAGCGACGAGUAGUUGCCCCGUCUGCAGCGAAUUUCCCGGUUGCUAGAGAAAAAAAUAAAGACAUCAAUGCGCUAUUGGAAGACUACCCCGAGCUGAUAACCAUUGCCCCAUCGUUUGCGCGCGAAGAGGAAUUAUCGCACACCGUUCAAGAGGCCGAUUCGCAUUUCAACCCGCAAAUAUCUUCAGCACUCGAAUUCGGAAAUGCGCAGCUAUCCGAGUACGUACGCACUCGUCGAGGUCGAAUGCGGACUGUUCCUAUUGCAGCCUUUACAUCUGGACAGAAUCAGAACGUGCUUUCUCUUCGCACAAUUGAAGCUGAGAAAGUUGUUUCCAAUCUCGACCAAGACGCUGCUUUUCGCGUGCCCACGAUAGGUAAUUCCAAGGGAGUCGAUUGGGUUUUUACACAGACGCCUAUCCGCCAGAUCAAAUUCGCCGACAGCAUCGAAAGCCCAGGGGGUUUAUUAGCCGUUCGUCUACUCUCUAGCACGGCUAUAUUGCAACCAAUCUACCAUCGAGAGGCUCAGCUCAUAGAACCUCCUGAAUUAUUCGGCACAGCUUACUCUAGGUCGCAGCUUUCUCACAUCGACCCAUGUGUAGUUGCCGAGGUUGACGUAUCACAGACGGGCGGCUUCACUCAUGUUGAUGUGACAUUCAACCCGUGGUAUCUUAAACAGUUCGCAAUCGUGGAUGAGCGCGGCCAUUGGAGUAUCUGGCAGUUGCAGGAUAUUGUCAGACUCGGUAGCGGUGUUGUUCCCGAACUGCAACACUCUGGCUUGCUACCUUGCGACGCCGUGGAAAGCGAUGAUGGUGACAGUCUUACUGAUGAGGUAAAGUACGACACUUGGGGCAGAAUUGAGUGGGUAAAAGAUGUCAACACAUUCAUAGUUUGUGGGCGACGCAAUGCCAUGCUCUACGUUAUGCAAGGAACGACUACUACGUCUUACGGAAUUGAGCUGAAUUGGCAAUCUUCAACCGAAUGGAUCCUUGACGUCAAGUCCUUCUCGUCUCGGAUUUCUCUCGUCUUCGUUCUGACUACGAGCCGAAUUCUGUGCUUCGACUUCAAGACAGCAGGCCAAGAGGCACAGCUUAUUCGCCCGCAGUUCGCCUGGCUGCAUGAUCGCGACGCCGACGAUCUCACUCUUCGACUGACAUCGCUCAUUAUCGGUGAAGAAUAUUACUUACUUCUCUACUCGCGUCUUGACUCCUGUAUACUGUCCUUUAAAGUCCCAGUUGAAGGAUAUGAAGAUGGCAACUACUCGAUGUCGGACCCAUUCUUCGUCUAUGUUCCCAGCAAACUCAGCACAAACGGCCUGAAGACGAUUCGAUACGAGACCCCCAUCAAACAGAUUCUUUUCAAAGAGGUCGAACAGCAAAUAUUCCUGUCAAAGCGCGUUGCCCUCGAUCACUGCCCAAGGUUCAUGAAGCUUUUCAUACUCGACGGUGCCAUGGCUAUUCAUGAAUACUUGUACUCAAUGCCAAGUGGUCUAUCAUCUACUGAAGAGCUGGAAGUGGGCCGUGAAGCUUUGCUCCUAAGUGCAGUCUCUCUUCUGCCGAACAAGAAGAAACGAAAAGGAGGUCGAGAGACAAGCGUUGAGCUAUCUGAUAAUGAUGAACUAGAUGGAGUCACUGAAAUGCCUCUAUGUUUCUCUAAGCCUGUUGAAACCAGACCUGCUCGAGUAUCUGUGGACUUUACGAGAAUCUAUUCUCUGCUUUCUAGCGGCGACUGGCAUAAACUAAUAAGACCAUCAAACUCGCGUCCAGAGUAUCAGAGCUUGAGAGAUUAUGUAGAGCAUCUGAUAACGGCGGUGACCGAUUCGGCCGAAGAGGGCCCUCCUUUCGUGCACACCAUGUUGGACAUAAUCGAUAACCCUCCUGUUCUUUCUGAUAUCGACGAUAGUUCUCAUGAGAUCGACUGGUUCAGAUCUCGCUUUGCGCCCAUGGAGUCCUCUGCAGAAACUGCGUUAUGUUUUUUGCCGCUGAAUUUAUUGUCUGAACGGUCACAAGGACAGGUUAAUGUACUUCGUUCAUUCCAGCCGUUUGGUGUUUUGGUGCUCUACGAAAAGCUUGUGCGCGACUGGCUUUCCAAGUUGCCACGGCAGUUACCAAGCCGGAUCCGAAUCUCCAAGGAAAAAUUGAUCCGGCAAGUGUCUGUUGAACUUUCUUUGGCAGGCACGGUACAAAUAGACACUUCUAUCCCCGACAGUACCAGUGUCGUUUCAUCUCAAUCAUCAUUGCCAGGGCGGAGGAGCUCGACCGUCAGUCAACGAAAUUCUGUCAAUGAAGUGACCGAUUUCUCAGAAGAGCAUAACGUGAUCACUCAUGCCCUGUUAGAUCUCAGGACAGUUUCACCGCCAAGCAUGAGUCACUCGUUGGGAGGUGCCAUACAGGAUGUUCUUUCCUUUUGGGAUGUUGGAGGGAACCCUGAUGCCUUUGAUUUGGAGAGGGCUCUGGCGGCAGAAACAACCGAUGGGAACUUCAGCUCCAGAUCUAGAUCCAGAUCGAAACAGCGGACGCGCACUCGUUCGCGAUCGAGGGCUAAUAGCGUCAACGCGAGAACCAUACGAAGUUCUCCUGUUGUACCAUCGAUACAAUUCUCUGGCAGCCAGCCUCAGUUCGACAGCUCGAAACUGCCCAUACGAAGCAGUCAAUUCUUACCAAGCAGUCAGAUAACAGAUAGUAUGCCUAUGACUCAAGUCGAGCGAGGCGUAUUCGGUAGCCGACAAGCUGGGGGAAAUAGCAAUGUCAAGGCAAGAAAAAAGAAGAGAGCGGCAGGUUUCUAG